AUGCACGUUUUCGUUACUGGUGCCACCGGCUUUGUCGGCCAAGCUGUUGUUCAAGAGCUCCUCGAUGCCGGCCACACCGUCACCGGACUUGCUCGCUCAGAGGCGUCGGCUUCAUCUUUACAAAAGAAAGGUGUCGAGGUAGUUCGUGGCUCUCUUGGAGACAUAGAUUCGAUGAAGAGAGCAGCGUCGAAGGCCGAUGGUGUCAUUCAUCUUGCUUUUGAUCCUGAUUUCACCAAAUUUGCCGAGAACGCCCAGGCUGAGCGUACGGCUCUUUUCGCUAUGAUAGACGCUCUUACAGGAUCCAAUAAGCCUUUGAUUUUCACCUCAGGGACCAUGGCCUUGGUAAAAGGAGAGGUGGGAACAGAGGAUAGCCCCGCGGAGACAAACACAAUAUUCAGCGCCCGCACUGCCACAGAGCAACAGGCACUCGAUCUUUCGUCCAAAGGUGUGCGUGUAUCUUGCGUUCGUCUGUCGGUCACUACUCACGGCGAUGGAGACAAAGGAUUUAUCUGGCAAAUGGCUGAGUUAGCGCGUGCCAACGGUCAAUCGGUUUAUGUCGGCAACGGCCUUAACCGAUGGCCUGCUGUUCAUCGCCGCGAUGCGGCCCGCCUGUUCCGUUUAGCUCUCGAGAAGGGUGCUGCAGCGACUAGUUAUCAUGCUGUUUCUGAAGAAUGUAUCCCGAUGAAGGAUAUUGCGGAGGCUAUCGGAAAAUCCAUGCGUCUUCCGACUGUUUCUCAGGAUUUUGAGACCGCUUCGAAGCAUUUUGCUGGUUUUCUGGUUUAUCCUGUCAGUGCCGACAAUCCAGCUUCCAGCAAGAAGACCAGAGAGCAGUUGGGAUGGUCACCCUCUGAGCCAACUCUUCUUGCAGAUAUCGAGGCCGGCAUCUACAAUUGA